AUGAAAAGUAAUUCUUUAAGCUACUCAUCUCCUGGGCGUCGCUCACUUCAAUUCUCUAAUGAUCAUGACCCAAAUACCCAGCUAUCUCGCGCUCACCGUCGUUCAAUGAGCCCCAAUUAUAUGUCUCCUACAGUAAGCACUCUGGGCAUAGAAUUUUCUGAAGACUAUUUUUUUGGUUGCAGUGUAUGUGGUACCAAAGCCAUUGAAACCUCAAUAGAAGGCUCAUUCCAUGAAAGCCCUCCAAAAAUUCGGCCUAGCAAUAAGUUCGACACUGCAGAAAACUGCACAGAGAAUUCAAAUUCUUAUUCAAAACUGGUCAAAGUAGUAAAAAGAAAUUCAAUUGGCGAUAAAAACGAGGUCGCUGAAAUAAAGAAAAAAAUUAUUGAGACUAAUUCUAAGCCAGAAGAGUGGGAUUCUGACGUUGAUCGAUCAUUUAAAAUCAUUGAAGAAGACCCAGCCAAUGAAGAUGGGGUAGUCAUAAAUGAAAUUCAUUAUAAAGAAGUGUACCCAGCCCCCAAAACGGAGCUGACAGCUUUAAAUUAUAAAGAAGCCAAAUCAGUUCAAGAGUCGUUUUACUACAACCCUGCUGCUAUUGAAAAUGUAAAAGAAGAAGAAAGGAAAAGGGUUGUAAUCCGAAGAGCUGAAUACUCAAAUAGGACUAAAGGAGUCUGCAAGUCAAUGGUAGCUACUAUUUCAAAUGCAGAUGAUAUAAAAAAUGAUAAUAUUAAAGAAAAAAUCAAUAAAGAGAGGCAAAAACUUGAAGAGCUAAAUAGAGAACGGCAGCGACUUGAAGAGCUCCAGGAAAAGAAAAGUGAUUUGAUUACUCCUAAAAAACUAAAGUCAUCUUCUUACAGUGUAGAAAGAAGCACUGGUGGAAGAAAAGAAAAUGAUAACUACAUUGCGGUAAGAGAAAACGCAAGGAAAACAACUCCAAGUCGAGCAGAUCUAGCAAAGAAAAAUGGUGCAUCAACACCAAGAAAUGAAAUUAGGACUCCAAGAUCUCAAGCAGCACAAAGAAGUGAGCAAGAUGAAGUAAAAACUGAUCCGUUUGAAUAUAAGAGAAAUGAGAAGCCAGGAGCUGAAAUAACAACCCCAAGGAGCCAAACAACUUCUAAAAAUGAGCAACAACAAGAUGAAACACGAAGCCAAGCCUCAAAAAGAUUAGACGAAUCUAAAGGCCAGAUCCUUGAUGAUUCCAAAUCGGACAUAAAAACACCAAGGUCUCAAAUAUCCAUAAAAGAAGAUGCUAAAAAUGACUCAUUUACAUUGCAAAGGGGAGGAGAAAAAACAAAGUCAAUAAAGCAGUCAAUAAUUGAACAAAUGUCAAACAAAGAUAAAAAAUCUAAUAAAGAUUUAAGCUUUUCUUCAAAGAAAAGCGUCUGCAGUGCUCAAGAGUAUCAGCAUACAAAGUCAGAUAUAGGAGAAGAUGAUUUAAGUUCAUUAAAAUCAAUGCCAAUUUCACAAGCAAUAGAAGAAAUAUAUCUUUUGAGUAUAAUCAUUAUGCCUGCAUUAUAGAAAAUAAUAUUACUGAUAAUAUUUUAAAGAAUAUAUAAAGGUAUAUAUGAAAUGAAAAACCCAGAAAUUGUGGUAGAUAGCACCAUCAAUAUAUUUAAAGAUGAAGAAAAUAUACAAAAAUCUACCUCAAGCCAAGAAAAAGUUGGUAAAGAUUCACCAAAAUUCCCAGUUGAGGAUAUAAAAGGUGGGGAAAAUGAGAAAAGUCAAAUAGAGUAUUCUGUAGAAGAAGAAAUAGUUGAAAUUGAGCAACCCCAAGCCAUUGUAAAAAAACCUGAAAAAGUCAAAGUCAGGGGCGGAAAAAGCACAGGGCUGCCUGGAAGAUCUUAUGAGCCAGUCUUAGGAAAUAGAAGAAGUCCUGAAAGUCCAGAAAACAGCGAAGGAGUCAUAAGAGUGAAAGGAAAUCUUAUAGGAAGCUCAAAAGCUGACUCAGAAUUAUCUAGAGAAGAAUCAAAAAUAAUAGAAAAUUCCCCAUAUGGGAAUACAUUGAGUAUAAUAACCAGCCCAAUUAAAGACGAUUCCAUUGUAUGUGAAGACCAAAUCAUUUUGACUGAGCAGUCUCCUACAAAAAUAGAAUCAAGCGAAAAUCCUUCUGAGAUGACUACCGAUUCUCCUACAAAGAUAUUACUUCAAAGCAGUAAAUCAAAGCAAGAAGCUUCGCCAGCCAAAAGUUCUGGCUCAAAACAUUCAUCUCCAGCUAAAUCUCAAGAUUCUAGCUCAAAAAAUUCGACACCUCUUGGAAAUUCUCCAAAUAGUUCGCCAUCAGCCAAACUGUCUCCAUUAUCACAGUCUCCAAUGCCUGAAGACAUUGAAGAGCCUAUAAGAGAUGAAAGUUUUGACAAUAAAAGCCAAACUUCUGUAAAAUCCCAGUACUCUUCUAAAUCAAAAAAUGAUGAUAAAAAGUCGCAGACCUCUUCUAAGUCAAAAAAUGAAGACUCAAAGUCUCAGACCUCUUCUAAGUCAAAAAAUGAAGACUCAAAGUCUCAGGUCUCAUCUCAGUCAAAAAAUGAAGAGUCGAAAUCUCCUAAAAUGUAUGCAAAUCAGUCACCAAUUUCUAGAAAGAGUGAGAAUUCAGAAAAUAAACAUGAAAUCUCUGAAGGCUCCAAUGAAAUUUUAAUUGAAGAACAUUCAGAACCAGAGCUCCAGCAGAGGGGAACAGGAGAAUUCCCAGAAAAUGAGCAAGCUUAUCCUUUUAAAGACGCCUUAUCUGAAAAUUACAGUCAAGAAACCCAAGAAAUGCUUCAUUUUAAACCUCAUAAUAUAGACCAGCGACAAUACCGCCAGCCAAGCUUCGGAGAAAAUCAAGAAGACUUUGUAGACGCCAGCAGCAUAAACGUAGAAAGAGCUUCAUCCCCUGCGCUGUCAUUAGAAUCUGGAGGCAAAAAAUCAAAAAUUCAUUACAAUACCUUUGAUUCUAUAAGAGAAGAGCAUGUACAAUAUGAAAAUGAAUACGAGUCAAGCUUAGAUGAAUAUUCAGGACAGAACCCUAAUGAGAAAUCAACACAGACUAGGAAUUCUUCUGGAGGAAACAUAGAAAUUACUGAAGUGAGAAUCCAUCAAAUGCUAGCCCUGCUAUGUGAUGAUAAAAUUCUUAAAGGGCUAAGGAUGAUAGGAGGCUUUGCGCAGUAUUUUGAAGAGCAUGGCCAUGAAUUUCUAAACAGAUAA